AUGCCGCCCGCAUUACCAGUCCCGUCGAAAAUCGCAAUUAAUGCCCUCCGCGGUAUCGCCUUCGGCACCUCGUGCGCCAUCGGCGUGAUACUGGAAGACCAGAUACGGCGAAUCUCUACCUUGAGGACGGCUAUCGGGAACAACGAAAAACUCAAAUCGGCGAAGCGGUAUCAUAGAGCGACCGAGUCCGCCUGGCUUCCUGGGGAGGCAACUGCCGAGAAUAGAGGCGCGAUACAAUGGCGUGAAGCUGAGGAUAAGCCUAAGGCGCACAGCGGGCAUCACGAAUCCCGAUUGCCUCCAUCGCAAGAUUCCGCCGGGCACGCAGCUCCGCAUGAAUGGCCUAUAGCCCCCUCGGAGCUGGGUAAUGGGCUCGAAACCUCACGGCCGCCGGCGGUUGUUACCCAAAAAACACAACCACCACCUCUACCUGCCUUAGACAGUCUUCAAUCCCCGUUCAAGUUUGGCGGUGCAGAUUUUAGUUUCCCCGCUGCGCAAUCGGACGGGGGCUGGUAUUCAGACAGGUUAUCCACCCCGGUGCAGCACAAAGCCGACCUCGACGAACUGGCUAAGGAAAUCUCUGGGAUUCUAUCGAGCAAGAGCGAAGAAAGCCUCGAUCGAGCCAUUGCCAAGUUCUUUGAAGAAUGUCACACAUACAACCCUGCCCAGGGCAACAAGGAAGAAUGGGUCGCAAUAUCGGCUCGACUUUCGAGGGAGUGUCAGAGGAGCGGCAGAUGGGUGGACGCAAACAAGAUACUCAUAGCCACCGCCAGCGCCGGCCCUCUCGAGGAGAGUCAGUUUUACGCCCACGAGCCCAUACCUAUAAUACAAUUUCACUUGCGCCAGACGGAUGAGGCGGGGCAGUGCUCCCCGCAGGCUAUUGGUGCGGCAUCGCGGUUGUUUCUGUUGCCUUUCAAGGAUAGGCCUCGAUUACUCACGUGGGAGGUAUACACCGUAGGAAGAGAGCUGUUCAUUCAAAACCUGCUGUUGAAAGACGUGCGCACCGUUCAAAAUAUUUACUGGAGAGUUUUCGGCCUUAUCAGCCGUGAUACGGCGGAAUUUUCGGGAUGGGCUAUACGAGAGCUUUACCGGUUUAACGAUUAUAAGGACGUAAUCAAGUUCUUCCUUCUCAAUUUUUCAAAAACGAGCCCCAGAGAACCAGCGUAUACCGAAACGGUGGAUUGUGUUGUCUACUCCGUAGAGAAGAUGAAAGGUCUAAAAGCCAACUUAGUACUUCGUGCUUUUGGGUCCAUGAACUGCCCAGACAACGGUUUUCUGUGGACGUGGUGGAUCAGGAGACUACUACAGGCCCAUUACCGUCGCUACCAAGACUUCUCGACGUCCGAAGCACUCUUCGAAGAAGUUUCGUCCCUCGGUCUCCUCUCCCGAAUUAACUACCCAGAGAACGUGUACCGUACGAUGGUUGACAUUGCCAUCGAGGCCGGAGACAAAGAUAAGGCUAAGUUCUACUACGAGACGCUUAUCCAGAAGUAUCCCCACAUGGUAACAGACGUCCGCUUGAGAGGGUUUUUGGCCUUGAUCAAGGCUAAGGCUGAAGAUUGGCGAGGCGUGUUCAGUGCCUUCGUCGAGAUGCAGACACUGAGAGCAGGGCAAGAAAAGGAAUACGACCAAGCUUUUGUUAUGAUCCUCAAAAUAUUUGCCUCCAGCCAUCCGGCCGCUAAGGUACGAGCGUUUGUGGCGAGAUAUAUCGAUGACCUAGAAGUGCGAAUGCACCGCUAUGUCGUUACGAUAGUGGCAAACAAAUAUGGCGACUGUCACGAUGUGCCGGGCUUCAUUUCGUGGUUAAAAUACUGUAGUGACACAGGAUUUACCUUCGAUCCAAGCUUCUGCAAUGCGGUCCUUCGCAACUGCAGGACCAAAUGGAGAUUCACCUUUGAAGAGUUACAGGCGCUCUACUUGCAGAUGCAACAGAUGGAUCCCAAGACCACCGACGACGUGACGCAGAGGAUAAUGAGUCAGGCAGCCUUGACGGCUGGUAAAUGCCUCAGCACAUCGAAGACCAGCCGAUGGCACUACCCGCGAAGUAUCAUGGUCAACAAGCUGGCGUACACGGGAAGGACGACAAACGAACGAGACGUAUACGAGGCUAUGAACCAAGAGCUGCAUAGAAAAAGGCCAUUGUCGGCACUCUCCAUCUAUAAACGUGCACUGAGGUUCGGUAUGCCGCCCUGCGCUCACUGUCUUCGCCUGGCUGUAGCAGCGGCGUUACAGACCUCUAAUACGGGAUCCAGCUCUGCGAUGGGGCUCAUCCUAGUCGCGCACGAACGAGGUGAUGACGUUACUGCGGCGGUAUCGACAUAUAUCAGAUAUCACCUCGACUAUUUUCAGGCCAGGACGGAUGAUAUGUUCCUCCACAUGCAAAAUCUGAUCACUCGAUUUGAGGAACUGAACAUCACCAUCGACCCAACGGUUAUCACCCACAUGGCUGCGAUAUGCAUCAAGCUGGACUCGCACGAAAGGGCGAUUGCGCUGUGCAAGCUCGCGAAGGACAAAGGCGGUCACGAGAAUCUAUGUUUCUCGAGGCAGAGCAUCCGGGUGCUGCUCACGGCCUACGCGUACACGCUCGACACGGGAGGGAUGAGCGAAUUGAUCAGGGAUCUACUUAUGACGGAAUAUUCGGUAGAUAGGACAGUGCUGGUGUAUCUGAAGGCAGCGAGGCGGACGGUUCAGAAGCUACGGGGUAGGUUGGGUCGCACUCUGCAGAAAACGCUCGAGGACGGUGUUAAGAUAGUGACGGCGCGACGGGCGGAGAACGAGACGAACGGGAGGGUGAUCUCCUGCGAGGUCCUCCAGAUCAUGCAUAACGCACUCGAGGAUGUGGGGGGCAACGGCAUGACGACAACGUUGGAGAAUUAG